GUCAGUCCACGUCCGCCACUGAUCGCAAGAUGACGCUCCCGGAGCUGCCCCUAAAAUCAAUUCAAAUGGUGAUGGUGAUGGUGAUGGUGAUGCUGCUCCUGGGUUCCAGCCUGGCCAAUCCGCAGCAGUUUCUACUGGCCGAAGACUUAACAACUGCUACUGGAACAGGCACCGGAACCGGAAAUGGUGCAGAUGCCGUGCCCAUCAACGAUCCUUCUGAUCUGAGUGCUGGUUUGAAUUUCGCGCCCGUUGGAAGUCUAAUUGCGGCCGCUGCGAAUGCCGUGCCCCCCGCCCCCGUUCAAUUUAUACGCACGGCCAUGAACAGCGGGCUCUGACCGCCAGGUGGCGCUAACCUGAAUUCUUGCCCACCCCAAAAAUAAUUAUCUCUAAUUUUUAAGCGCCUUUUUAAGCUCCACUUUUAAUUACUCUGUUAAGCGUUUGUUUUUAGUUGCCUUUUUUAAGUUGCCUUGUUUUGUUGUCGUUUGUUGUCUUUCUGUGUGUGUUCUUUUUUUGUUGAGAUUAGUGCUAUAAAUGAGUUUAUGACACUUGUUUUAUCUGGUUAUGACUUUUUGGAGCGAUAAAAAUGUGCAAUUGGGGGACCUCAGUCUCAAAAGCAAUUUGUUAUCUGAAUCUGCUAUCGUGGAACUCUCUCUAUUCUACAUUUUUUUGCUCUUUUUUAAUCUAUUUUUUUUGAGCCUUUAUAUGGCUGACAAAAUUAAAACAAAUAAAGAACAAGUGGUAAUUCAAGUACAGUGAAGUGAAUUAAAAGUCGUCACAAUUCAGCAAAGAUAUUUCAGUUUAAAUGUAAAGUCUAUCCCUCUAAAAAAGAAAUAAAGAAUAUAUUUGCAGCUCUUUCGUCUGACUUAAAAGUGUAGAUUUAAACAAAAAAUAAAUUCGAAUUUCCACAAAAAUAAUAAUAUUUUUUAUUUUUUAGUACAAUACAUUUCGUUAUGCACUUUGAAAGUAUGAAUUUGUUAGUUUUCUUUUCUAUAAAUAUUUUUAAGAAAUUGAACAACCAACUAGUUGUCGCUAACAACAAUGUAAGUCGCUAAUAAGAAUUAAAAGGAACAUAUAAAUUGUAUUAUAUUGUAUAAAAAAAUAUUCUUACUUCUUCCAGAGUGCGAUAGCGAUCGGAAAUAAUGUAAAGUAAUUAGAAGAAUGUAGUUCAAAUGAGCAACUGAGAUGAAGUAGAGGCGCACACCCAUUUAAGAACUGGAUCAGUCACUCAAAUGUGAGCUGAUUUCGAUUGUCAUUCUGCUGUUAACGAUGCUGAUGCCGAUACUCACACAGAACAAAAUUAUAGCUUUAAAUAUAGUAUUCAAGCGAUGUUAA